AUGCGGGAUGCGAAGCUGGAGCCCGACAUCAUCAGCUACAAUGCUGGGAUCAGCGCGUGCGAGCAGUGGCAGCGGGCCCUGGUGCUUCUGAGCGAGAUGUGGGAGGCGAAGCUGGAGCGCAACGCAAUCAGCUACAAUGCUGGGAUCAGCGCGUGCGAGAAGGGUGGGCAGUGGCAGCGGGCGCUGGCGCUGCUGAACGAGAUGCGGGAGGCGAAGCUGAAGCCCAAUGCCAUCAGCUAUAAUGUUGGGAUCAGCGCGUGCGAGAAGGGCGAGCAGUGGCAGUGGGCGCUGGCGCUGUUGAGCGAGAUGAAAGAGGUGAAGCUGGAGCCCGACGUUAUCAGCUACAGCGCUGGAGUCCACGCGUGCGAGAAGGGUGGGCAGUGGCAACAGGCUCUGAGCAUUCUCAGAACCAUGCGUCUGAGAAAGUUGGACGUUGGAUUCACGGCCUACGGAACUACAGCCAGCAUGUGCGAGCAACGCGGGCACUGGAGCCAAGUGUUGUUUUUAUUGCGGGAGGUGCGUGACCUAGUUACAGGGGAAUGA